UUUGUUUUUGUUAAAAUGGAUAAAAAGUACAAUGGAAGUCAUGGCCUGCCAACGGACUCUGAAAUUUCAAGUCUCACAACUAAUGAUGAAAUUUGUGCAUUGCUGGUAUUCCUGAAAGACAUGCUGUUCAAAAACAGCGGAAACCCUGAAGUAUUUGCGGAUACAGUUAGUAAAUUUUCAAUAUUGUGUUCGGGUGAAAAAAAUAUGAUAGUAGAAAACGAACUCCAUGAAAGCAUAAGCGAAGGUGGAAUCAUUGAGCAGGUUUUGCGGUUCUUGCGAGAGAAUUCACUGCCCGAACUAUCAGCCAACUGUUUCAAUUUCAUAUCUUUGAUUCUAUUCCGAUUUCCUAAAUUGUUUGCCGAAGAUUCCGUGUAUGCCGAGGGACUUUACGAAGUUCUGUCGAUCAUUAUGUUAGAAAAAGAUUACAUCAAGACAGUGCCAAAAGAGUUGAACAAGUUUACCUUAUAUAUGAAACGCUUGAUUGAAAGACUCUUUCAUAUAAAUCCAAUAAAAACCAUCAAUGUUUUCCACAGUAUAUAUCAGCGAUUAUGUAAAUCAGGUGAUAGAGAGAUGCAACGAUGUUUUCUGGAACAGGUGUUCAGAAGCAUGCCAGUCUUUUACCUUGUUUGUGAAAAAUCGAAGGGGCCUUGUGAUGAAAAACUAGUUGUUCCUAAAUUGUCCGGAGAGUUCGAUUCUAAUUAUGGGCCAAAACUAGUCGAACAAAAAGCCGACUGUGUUUCUAGAGACAACCCUACUUGUUUAAAUUACACUCACUGUAAAAAUACUGCGUUUAUUGGCGAGUUUUGCCUCCAUUGUGCUGAAAAUCCUGAGUUCAGAAGUGAAAUGGAAUUGAAGGCGGAGUUGUCCAUGGAAAGGAGUGCAGUGUACUUUUAUAAAUUGCAGCUUGGAGAACGCGCAGACCGCGAUAAUGAAAUGAAAUUCAAAUGUCAUCGAUUAGAACUUGAAGUUGAGCGUGUGAAUGCUGAGUUAGAGCAAAGAAACCUCGAAAACAGUAAAAUGCGUAAAACGCUGGAAGACCUAGAAACUAAAAACGGGCAAUUUAAUUUGAAAAUGGUAGAGUUACGCGAAGAGUUGUUUUUAGCGAAAGAAUCAUCGGCUAGCUUUGAAAAUCAGACUACAAGAUUAAAAGACGAAUUGAACCACGAAAAGAAAAAAGCUGCAAAUCUUUCAAUAGAAAACGCAAGAAUUAAGGCAAAGAUUUUUGAAUGUUCUGAAAUUCGGAACAAGCUUACGCGAAAAGUAGACUCACAAGCUCUGAUCGAAAGGCAGUUGCAAACUCUGAACAAGGAGUUGUUUCUGAUGAGCGAGAUCCAUCAGAAAUACGAAGAAAAAAUCAGUAAGCUGCAAAUAGAUCAGAGAAGUUCGAACGAAGAUCAACUGACCAUUAACAAUUACAGACGACAAUUGGCAGAGUUGCGGCAGAAAAAUCGAAAGUUGGAACUGAAGCUAGGUUUGAUGGAGGAGAAACAAAAAAACAAGGAGCAAGAUGCUCUUGAAAUUUCAGAAUGCAAAGACGAAAAAUUAAAACUGAUGGAAGAAAAAUAUUCAGGCUUAUUGAAAGAGACUAAAGGUUUUCAACAAGAAUUGAACCGAGUGAGGAAAGAGUUAAUCGAGAAAAGUGCUGAUGUAGAUUUGGCAAAAACUGAAUUGGAACUAUUAAAAACUCAGGAAACUAAAAACACUCGCGAAAAGUGUGUAGGCACUCAGUAGCAUUUGUUAUAUCGCCAUUUCUGAAUAAUGUAUUCUCGUAUAUAGCUGCUCUAUUUUCUGAAUUCACUUUUAUAACUUUGUUCGUUCCUGCAUAGGGAUUUAGACUUCAUAUUGGAAGGCUUCAAUGAUUGGUUUUGUAUUUUUGAGGCCCAUGAAAAAGCUCAAAAGGCUAUUUUGUGUAGAAAUUCACCUGUGGCUGAUGGCUUUCAUAAAACGGCACCCUUUGCAAAUGAUUCAAAUUGUCUAAGAUGGUGUGUUCAAAAUAUAAUGACAAAAUUAGAGGCUUACUGUGA